AGCAGCAGAUCUGUGGGGUUGGUGGUGGCGUCAGCGCCUGACAGGGGGAAGAGAAGGAACGGAGUGUCCCGGCACCGGAGUACUCCUUCCCCGGUAGAGGCGCCGGGGAGCCGCUCCGUUGGUGUCGGGGCUUGUUUCGGUUAGUAUGCAGUGCGCCCAUCCAUUUCUGAAAGAUAGAGAAUUCCGAGUGUGUAACGUGGAGGCCCCUCAGGGCUAAGGGGCAGAUGUGGGCUGAAUUAGGUUUGGUUUCGGUGAUGAGCGAUGGGGUAUGAUGUAACACGCUUCCAGGGUGAUGUGGACGAAGAUCUCAUCUGCCCCAUCUGCAGUGGGGUCCUGGAGGAGCCAGUACAAGCUCCUCACUGUGAGCACGCAUUCUGCAAUGCCUGCAUCACCCAAUGGUUCUCUCAACAACAGACCUGUCCUGUGGAUCGCAGUGUAGUGACUGUUGCCCAUCUACGUCCAGUUCCCCGCAUCAUGCGGAAUAUGCUCUCAAAAUUGCAGAUUACAUGUGACAACGCUGUUUUUGGCUGUACCACCAUUGUGCGACUUGACAACCUCAUGUCUCACCUCAACGACUGCGAACAUAACCCAAAGCGACCAGUAACAUGCGAGCAGGGAUGUGGCCUGGAAAUGCCCAAAGAUGAAUUACCAAAUCACAACUGUAUAAAGCACCUUCGCUCUGUGGUGCAACAGCAGCAGGGUCGGAUAGGAGAACUGGAAAAAGCAGCUGCUGAGAGCAAGCAUCAGCUCUCCGAGCAGAAACGUGAUAUCCAGCUUUUAAAGGCAUACAUGAGAGCAAUCCGCAGCGCCAAUCCAAAUCUGCAGAACCUGGAAGAGACUAUAGAGUACAAUGAAAUCCUUGAAUGGGUAAACUCACUACAGCCAGCUCGUGUGACUCGCUGGGGAGGAAUGAUCUCCACACCUGAUGCAGUCCUGCAAGCAGUCAUAAAGAGGUCACUUGUGGAAAGUGGCUGCCCAGCUUCCAUAGUCAAUGAGCUGAUUGAAAAUGCCCAUGAGCGUAACUGGCCACAAGGCUUAGCAACUUUGGAGACGCGCCAAAUGAAUCGCCGAUAUUAUGAGAAUUAUGUGGCAAAGCGAAUCCCAGGCAAGCAAGCAGUGGUGGUAAUGGCUUGUGAGAACCAGCACAUGGGUGAGGACAUGGUGCUUGAGCCAGGUCUUGUCAUGAUAUUUGCUCAUGGAGUGGAAGAAAUUUAAAUGCACACUGUCCAAUAUGCAUACAGUCUUAGCUUCUCCAUCCGCUCCACACUGCCUGGGAAGCAGGGUUAAAUUUAUUCCAUCCUUCUCAUUAACAUCUGUUGUCUUCAAACCCAAUGCUUGCCACUGGUGCCUAAUGGUCAUUGUGCUGGAUGAAGCAUGGUCAUCUCGGUUGUGUACAAGAAGAAACUCGCCAGCCAGAUCUUCAAUUGAGAAGAUGUAGAUUAAUAUACGUUGUUUUAUGGCCAAGCCUUCACCCGAGACGCAUCCAAACAAGUUUUUCUUUUAACAAACCCCCCUUGCUGCAUUGUUUGCCAGACUUUGCUUUUGCAACUGAUGCAACCCGGCAAAUAAAGACUUGAUUAAUAAGAGAACAAUUUCCAGGUGCUGAAGAUACUGCAAGAGAAUUAAAGGGCAUUUUAAUGAUAUGUGCAGAACAAUCAUCACUCACUGAUAGAAAAUUGAUACUAUGAUUUUGAAUCUGAACUCAUUCAGACCAAUUUAGACUUGGAUUGUGGGGGGUGGUUUGUGGGAAUGGGCAAGGAGAAAGUGGAUAUUUUUUUAAACCUAUUGGCACUAGUGACAUAUGUUUUGCCACAAUGUACUGUUAAUUAUGUACUGCAAUACAAGUUUUAAACCAAA